AGCCCCGCCCAGCUGGCUAUUAAAUUGCCAGGGACCUCGCCCUGCAAUCGGAAUGAAGGAUGGAAGAGCGAAGUCUGCAUUGGAGUCCAUUCCCAAAGCCUGGGAAUGGGCAAUCGCCAAUUUGCAUAAAAUUCAAAUAAUUAGCAUAGGGGCGUGCCCGCACAGGGCGAGAGCGGCCCCUGGACUGUAAUUCCAAAUGAAGAAAGGGGAAGAGGGCGGAAGUGCUGCAAAAGUCCGGCUUCAAAGGCGGAACUGCCGGUGCGUUUUGCGGCCGAGAGGGCUCUUAGCACGUGUUCUGUAGCCUGUUCGGAAAGUGAAGGUGGUUCCCGUGUUUGGCUGGCAGUGGAGGAGUUUCUGUGGGUUUCCCCCCCUACAUGGAGACUAUGGAAGAGGAAGAUCCCUCCGAGAGGGAGCUGAUCCCGAGCGAGGAGGACGAGGUGGAAGAGGUGGAUGAGGAAGGGGCAGCCAAGAAGCACCGGCAACUGGUAGACGCCCUCACUGCCUUGGUUGGUGGGAAGAGGCGGCGGAAGGUCGAACGUACUGAGGCUAGUGCACAGAUUUCAGAAUUCGAUGUGGGUGGCGAAGGCGCCGGUGAGAAAGUCCAGCUCUCGGAGCUGCUGCAACCGGUUUCUGCGGUGCCAGCUCUGCGCCCUGUUCAAAAACAGCUGAAAAAAGCCCAGCAGAAAAAACCAACUGAAAUCCCACUGAGUAAGGAAGAGACGGAACGGGUGGUCAGGGAAGCCGCUUACACUCAGACAGCCGAAGCCUUGAACAAAUGGGAUCCCGUCGUGAAGCAGAACCGGAGGGCUGAGCAGUUGGUCUUCCCACUGCAGCAGGAGAGCGUGAGCAUUUUGCCCAUUGAGGAAGUGAUGUCAGGUUGGCAGGCACGGACUCCCUUGGAGCAAGAGAUCUUCAGCCUUCUCCACAAAGCCCAGCAGCCGGUGAAGGAUCCGCUUUUGACCCCCCAGGAAAAAGUCUCGUUGAAAGCCAUGAGCCUGGAAGAGGCUAAGCUGCGCAGAAUGGAGCUCCAGAGAGCCCGGGCCUUACAGUCCUACUACGAAGCAAAAGCCCGACGAGAAGGGAAGAUUAAGAGUAAAAAGUUCCACAAAAUACUUAGGAAGGGGAAGAGUCGGAAGGUCCUGCAGGAGUUUGAGACGCUGCGGAAAUGCAACCCGGAGGCUGCCCUGGAGCAGCUGGAGAAGAUUGAGAAAGCACGGAUUGAGGAGCGGAUGAGCCUCAAACACCAGAAUAAGGGCAGAUGGGCCAAGUCAACUGUCAUUAUGGCCAAGUAUGACCUCCAGGCUAGGCAAGCCAUGCAAGAACAGCUGGCUCAGAACAAAGAACUAACCAAGAAGGUCUGUCCUGCCUCAGAAAGCGAAGAGGAAGACGUAGGAGACAACCCUGAAGCUGAGAAAGAUCUUGUUCCAGAUGUCGUCAAUGAGAGGCAUGUCGGAAUGGCUUCUGGCAACCCCUGGAUGUUAGGAAGAAGCCCUGAAGAGUCCAAGGAGAAGCUAAAUCUCCCAGCAGAAGACAGCGGAGAGAGUGAGGGAGAAGAAGAAGAAGAACCACUCAUGGCCAACGAGAAGGACCCGUCUCGAGAUUCUGACGGACGGUGGCAGAGCCUGAAAUGUCAAGAAGACAGGGCUGGGUUUCAAGAACCUGGCAGAGAAGAGGUGCCACCGGAGGCUCCGCCCAGCCCCCCAUCAGGGGACCAGCCCUUCCUGAGCGAGAAGCUGAAACGGAUCCGCACCCUGGAGGACCUGGAGGAGGGCCUGGAGCCAGAAGACACUCCACAAGCAGACGAGAUGCUGCCCCCCAAAGAGACCCCGGCCGCCCAGCCGGCGAGUGCCGAGUCCCUGCCCCAGCCCCCGAUCAGCAAGUCCAGGAAGUCAGCCAAGCAACAGGCCCUGAUUGAUCUCAAGGCGGUUCUUGCUGGAGCACCGUGUGCCAUGCAGUGCCCGCUUGUGCCCGCUGCUGUGCAGGAGGAGCUGGAGUCCAGUGCAAGCCAGAGGCAGAUGAUCCGAGAGGCUUUUGCGAGCGACAACGUCUUGGAUGACUUCCUGAAAGAGAAGCGAGCAGCUGAAGAAGCCGGCAAACCGAAAGUCAUUGACCUGGUCCUUCCUGGAUGGGGCGAGUGGGGAGGCGCGGGGCUGCAUCCAAGCAAAAAGAAAAAGAAAAGGUUCCUCAUCAAGCCAGCGCCUGGACCCCCAAGGAAAGAUCGGCACCUGCCCCAUGUCCUGCUGAACGAACGGCGGAAUGUUUUAGCCGCAGCUCAUCAGGUGAACCAGCUUCCCUUCCCCUUCGAGAGCAGCCAACAGUUCGAACGCAGCAUCCAAGUGCCCGUGGGCUCCACGUGGAACACGCAACGGGCUUUCCAACAGCUGACGGCCCCCCGGAUCAUCACUCAACCCGGCCAGAUCAUCCGUCCCAUCACUGCGGAAGAUACCAACCUGAUCCAUCAGAAGGACAGGUCGACGGCUGCGGUGGGACCGAAAACGGAUUUGGAGUUUACCCUCCCUCUCCGCCAGCCUCGUCCCCACCGUAUCCCAAAGAAGAAAGGCCGGUAGGAGUGAAUUUUGUGCCGAUAUGGCCAAUGGGCACAUUGGCAUCUUAUUGGCACUAUCCAGAAUAGAUGUCCCAUUUCUGGAAUUUUCCCUUCUUUUGCUGAUGUGAUCCUAUCUAUAUGAGGAUCUUAUAUACCUGCUCAGGUGAAAGGUAUAGUUGCUUUCUUUCAAGUUUUAUUUCUCCUUUUUAAAAAAUGCUAAAGAAGCUAGUUUAAAACUCAGCUGAUCCCUUCUUGACCUAAGUUGGGAACAAGCAACCCUAUAAACCCUGAUGCUCUUGCAGGCACCAUAAUAAAAUCUGAAACACGUGCCUUCGAUCUUACAGAAGGCUAAGGCACCAUUUUCACCAGUUCAAAAACCUCAGCCCUUCUCCCAGAAUAAUUGAGACGAUUCUUCCUGUUUGGCGAACAGGUUUAAGAUACAAGCACCUUAUGGCACCUCAACCCUGCCAGACGAAAAAAAAAGACAGAACAUUUCACUCAAUUGUCUGUUUAAGGCCUCUGUGUUGUUGCUCGUAAUUCCACUGUCCUUAAG